CUCACUAAAAAAUACUGGAAAGAAAUCCGCAACUUCCUUCGAAAUUCAGUUGGGAAAACUUCAAAGCGACGAAGGAUACAUCCAAAUUGUUGUAGCCAAAACUAACAGUAAACCAACCAAACAUCCUGGAAACGACCUUCAACCAUACGAUGAAAACACUGCAAAUACUAAGCCAUAUAUAGCUGCUGAGCUUGGGAAAACCUUCGUCAAUGAAAAUAGUCUUUUUACUGUUGGGGAUGGUAAAUCAUACUCUAAAACUACUAGGACAAGAAGAGAUAUUUCGUUUAAAAAUGCCAGAUUAGAACCAGACACAGGUUACUCUGUUUUUCAAAGAACGUUUAGAAAUGCGGAUUUGUACUACGAUUCAGACUGGAUGGAUGUUGUUACAACAGAUAAAUCUCCAACUACAAUUAAAUCCCAAACUAAAAACUCUAUCGCAACAGAGACAACCACACGCCAUACAACCACAAAGCCCGUGGGAGGGGAUGGUGAUGGCAACGGUGGUCCACUUGAUGAAGAACAAGAUGGUGACAGCAGUGAGGGACCUGGUACAGUAAUAAUUGGUGCUGGCGCAGGAGGUGGUGUUUUGUUGAUUAUAUUGGUUAUUUUUAUCAUCAUUUAUGUCAGGCGAAGACGUGGCGGGAACGGUUCAGGCAACGACCGUCUCUAUGAUAAACCAGUGGAAUUCAAAAAAACGAAGAAAAAGAAAAGUUUGGAUGUGGAAGAAGAGAAUUACCCGCCUUCGUCCGACAUGGGUGAAGAAAAUAAAAACACCAUUACAGCUCCUUCAGGUGACGUAUAUGCCAAGCCCGUGAAGAAAAAGCACAGAACAGAGAGUGAAGGCGGUGAAAACAAACAGAAUGGUUUACAAACUGAUACCUACGCUAAUGUACAAGGGAUUACUCCUGACGACAAUAGCAACGGUGUAAAGAUCACACGCUUUCUCUUCUACGUUGAAGAAAUGAAGAAGAAUGACAACUUUGGAUUUAAAAAAGAGUUCGAAGAUUUGCCAGUUGGCCAAGUUCAUCCUUGGGAUGUCGGGAGAAAAGCUGGGAAUGUCCAAAAGAACAAAUACAGCAACAAUGCAGCCUAUGACCAUUCCCGAGUUAUUUUGUCUGGGGAGGAAGAUUAUGUCAAUGCUAACUUCAUCAAGGGAGUACAAUCAGAACUUUAUAUCGCUGCCCAAGGUCCAACCGACCAAACAGUGAAUGAUUUCUGGCGAAUGAUAUGGGAACAAGACUGCACUUGUAUCAUCGCCUUGACGAACGUCGUUGAACUUGGCAAGGUGAAGUGCACUCAAUAUUGGCCCGAUAAAGAAAUUACAUUUGGUGACAUUCAUGUGAAGACAGUCAAAACAGGAUUGUUUGCUGACUACGUUAUACGCUAUCUUGAUUUGAAAAAGGAUGGUAAAGGCAAGACAAUUGUCCAAUAUCACUUCAUAUCCUGGCCUGACCAUGGUGUACCUAAAUAUCCCACGAAACUGCUUGCGUUCCGUCACCGCUUCAGAGCAUUGCACACAGUCAGCACUAGGCCUAUCGUUGUUCACUGCAGUGCUGGAGUUGGCAGAACGGGGACAUUUAUUGCCUUGGACAUCACCUUGCUUCGUGUGAAUACACUACAAGAAAAUACCAUCAACAUUCACGAUGCUGUUAAGGAGCUAAGGAAUGAGAGAGUUAACAUGGUCCAGACGUUGGAACAAUACGUAUUUUUACACGAUGCUGUCCUCGAGACGGUGCUCUGUGGCUUCACUGAAACCACGGCUGAAAAUUUAAAAACUGAAAUUGAACGACUUCAGCAAAAAGAACUGAAUAAAUCAAUAUCUGAAUUUGAAGUCGAAUUCAAAAAACUUGCUUCGGUUACCUAUCCACUCGCUCCAGAUGAGUGCAAGUCAGCCUUGCUCCAGAAAAACAAAUCGAAGAAUCGCGUCAGCAAUAUUUACCCGACUGAAAACUUUAGAGUAUUCAUUUGUGGAACUAAGGAAGAAGAAGAUCCAUAUAUCAAUGCCACUUAUGUUCAUGGUUAUACUCAUGCUCGGGCUUACAUCGCUACGCAAGCUCCACUUUUGGACACCAUCGACGACUUCUGGAAGAUGGUUUUUGAAAAGAAGACUGUUGUUGUUGUGAUGUUAAAUGACACCAGCGAAGGAAAAAUGACUUACCCACAGUAUUGGCCAGACGAAUUUAACGAAGAACAACAAUAUGGUGAUCUGUUUGUCAAGAUGGUGUCUGCUGAAACUCGAGGACCAAUCGUUUCUCGGAAAUUUGUUAUCACAAAUAAAAGCACGAAAGCUGCGGUCGCUGAACACGUUGUAAGACAUGUUCAGUUCACUGAUUGGCCAGAGCAUGGAGUUCCUGGAAACCACAGUGACGUCAUGGAUCUAUUGGAUAGUGUAGAGGAGGCCCAACAACGUUCAGAAAAUGGUACUGUGAUAGUACACUGUAGUGACGGCGCCCAAAGGACUGGAACCUAUUUAACACUGGCCAUUCAACGAGAACGAGUGAGAACUGAACACGUGAUCGACAUCUUCCGAUGUAUCAAAAUGAUGAGGGAACAGCGCCCGCAAUUUGUUGGGAAUUUGGAACAGUACAAGUUUUGCUAUUAUGCUAUGGUGACUUUUAUCGAAUCAUUCAUGACAUACGACAAUAUUCCAAAAGUACAAAAAAAAUAAAUAUUGUAUCCUUAAAUAUCGACUUGAUUUACAAACGCUCACGAGGACUAAACAUGGAAACAUAGAAUGACAGUUGUAUUUGUAAUGGCCAUUUACGGCGCUUUUGUCAAAACAUUAAGCUCGAUGAUACUGAAAACAUCUUAAAAUUUAGUGCCAACUAUUUUUAUAGAGGGUUCUGCAGUGCAUGGUUCCUGACAUUGGUUCUAUAUGAAUCACAGUACUUUCUAGUCCUGUUAAAACACUAACUUUACCUUUCUUUAAUCUCGAUUUUUAACUGAUAAUGAGCAUAAUGCAUGUAUAAUACAUUUUGACUAAGUAAUAUAGAUCCUAUAUAUAUUAACGACUAUUCAUUCAUAUACUUAACUCCCUAUAUAAUGCUUUUAACCUUUGUUAACGUUUUUUUUAACUGUAGACAUCUAUUGUCAUGUCUAAGUCCCUUUAACUAAUUGUAUUUGUUAUGCCUGACGGUUAUUUUAUGAAUUAUGGUAAUAUUGGAAUUUUAAUAAACGCUAUA